AUGAAAAUACACAACCGUGCCGAUGGCUUGCUGCUUGGUAGCUGGCAACCCUCCCAGGGCUUGACAACGGAGCUGUUUGGUGCGGCAAUUGAUAAUCCUUACGUUCCGACUGCCACAGCUAUUACUGCGCUUUUGCGUGGUUCUCGAAUGCCCAACGAGAACACAAGGCCCGCACCCCGAGCACGUCCUUGGUCGAUAUUGAAAUCUCUCUUAUUUUGCAAGCUGGGCAAUGUCGUCCAAAACCUGAAUAUCUCCGAGUCUUCGGGCCUCCCAGACAAAUCCGGUCCGAUGCGGAUAAGUCCGAAGAGGUCUAUCAUGGAGCAGGACUAUCAGCUCGUUAAACAGCUGAUCAAGCCACGUCCAAUUGAAACCCGUGUAUACAAUGCAAUAAUACUCGUUGGCUACGCCGUCAUUAUCGGCUUGACAUGGCCUUUUUCGCUCGUCACAGGAACACUUUCUUUAACGAAUGGUGGCCCUGCCGGGGCGAUCUGGAUGUACUUGAUUGUCUGCUUCGGCAUGUUCAGUGUUGUGCUCUCCAUGGCAGAGAUGGCCUCUAUUGAACCCACGACCGGUGGUCAAUACCAUUGGGUGUCAGUUUUUGCGCCUCAAACACAUAAGAAACUUGCCAGUUAUCUUAUUGGUUGGAUGCAGGGCAUUGGAUGGGCGGCUUUCGGGGCUGGAGCUAGCUCUAUCGCUGCUUCAGCAAUUCUAGGCUUGGCUGUUGUAGCCUCGGACUCAUACAUUCCAGAGACAUGGCACGUCACUCUAAUUACCAUUCUCAUCUGUACCUGCGCUAUUAUCUUCAACAUUUUUCUGGCUAAACGACUGCCUGGUAUCGAAGCUGCAGUGUUCAUACUCUACAUCUUGGCCUUUGUCGCAGAUUUCAUCAUCUUGUUAGCAAUGGGCCCACGAUCCGGCGCAAAGUGGAUAUUCGCACAUUUUGAAGACAAUGCGGCUUGGGGUAGUAUAGGCACUGCGUGCUUUGUGGGAAUCAGUGGACCCGUCAUCACGCUGAUAGGGUCUGACUCGGCAGUUCAUCUUGCCGAGGAAUUGAAGGGGGAUGAUGUUAAGUCUAUCCUUGCCACCAGCACUGGUCAGCCGUACAUUCAGGUCGUCUGGAACGCUACGCAGUCUCGGACCGCAACAACAGUCCUGGUCGCCUUUAUCAUUCUCUUUUUCAUAUUUUCCGGCAUUAAUCAGAACGUUACGUCAUCACGCCAGAUUUGGGCGUUCGCUCGUGAUGGAGAAUUGCCUUUCUCUGGCUGGCUAAGCUACGUAUCACCGACUAGGAAUAUUCCGAUACGCGCUGUCCUCCUGUCGUGGUUCAUCGCCUGUCUGCUUGCGCUUAUCCCUCUUGGAUCGACUGCCGCUUUCAUCAAUAUUCAAACCAUUGGUAAUUCCGGACUGCUGGUCUCGUACUUGAUCUGCAUUGGCUACCGGCUUAACCACCGCAUUAGAAUUAGUCUGUACGGUAAUCUUGACAAGCCACCCUCGUUUUGUCUUGGCGAAAGUUGUGGGAAUAUCAUAAACACCGUCGCGAUUGUUUUCCUCACAUGCUGCUUGAUCUCGGGCAUGUUCCCCGUUGCGCCGAAUCCAACGGUUGAAUCGAUGAAUUGGAGUUCUCUGGCGCUGGGGGCUACGCUGUUCAUUGCUUUGAUCUCCUACAUAUGGCUGAGGAAGACUUACCUUGGGGCUGGUGUUGGUAGACCCAUUGAGCUUGUUGACAAUGGAGUGAAGAAGGUAAAGACCCUUGAUCGACGAUCCUAG